GUAGAAAACAUACCUGUUCCAGAAAACACAGGAGAGCUCUCAGCUACCAGUCACUCCCUCCCACACCAACACUUCAAACCUUACUUCCUUCCUUCCCUGUGAUUGCCAGUUGCCCAGAAUUCUCAACAACGCCGGUACAGACAGAUGUCGUGGUGCUUGUCCUGCUGCACCGCUUCCACCUGCGGCCUCUGCGGCUCCGUCGCCUCUGGGAUUUCCAACAGGUCCGCCAGGCUUGCUUACUGCGGUCUCUUCGGGCUCUCCCUCAUAGUUUCUUGGAUUCUCAGAGAAGUUGCAGCUCCUCUCUUGAAGAAAAUCCCAUGGAUAAGCUCUUCUGAGACACACACCAAGGUGUGGUAUCAAACACAAGCGGUUCUUCGUGUGAGCAUGGGGAAUUUCUUGUUUUUCACAGCUUUUGCGCUUAUAAUGAUUGGAGUUAAAGAUCAAAAUGACAGACGAGAUUCCUGGCAUCAUGGUGGAUGGAUUGCCAAGAUGGUGAUCUGGCUUUUGCUUGUCAUUCUCAUGUUUUUCAUGCCAGACAUUGUCAUUACAAUCUAUGGUUUCUUAUCAAAAUUUGGGGCAGGCUUAUUUUUACUGGUUCAAGUGAUUAUCUUAUUAGACUUUACUCACUCGUGGAAUGAUGCAUGGGUGGAGAAAGAUGAGCAAAAAUGGUAUAUUGCUUUGCUUGUUGUAUCAAUUGUAUGCUACCUUGCAGCAUUUGCGCUCUCGGGCGUUCUGUUCAUUUGGUUCAACCCCUCCGGCGAAGACUGUGGCCUUAAUAUCUUCUUUAUUGUCAUGACAAUGAUUCUCGCAUUUGGAUUUGCAGUUAUUGCUUUACACCCGAAGGUGAAUGGUAGCCUCCUCCCUGCUUCAGUGAUAUCUGUUUAUAGUGCUUAUGUGUGCUUCACGGCUCUUUCCAGUGAACCUCGUGACUAUGCUUGCAAUGGUCUUCACCAUUCCAAAGCAGUCUCUGUGAGUACCCUUCUUCUUGGGAUGGCGACGACUGUUCUUUCAGUUUUGUAUUCUGCCCUUCGUGCUGGAUCAUCAACAACUUUUUUAUCACCACCAACUUCACCCAGGGGAGCGUGUUUAAGUUCUUCCAAACUUGUUGAAUGUUGUGGCACUGGUGCAGCUGAAAAGACACCUCUUCUUGACGGCAAAAAGUUGGAAGAAGGGAAAGAGAAGGAGGACAAAGAAGCAAAACCCGUCAGUUAUUCCUAUACGUUUUUCCAUCUGAUAUUUGCCUUGGCUAGCAUGUAUUCAGCCAUGCUGCUUUCGGGUUGGACCGACUCAUCAGAGAGCUCAGAUCUCAUUGACGUUGGCUGGACAUCGGUUUGGGUCCGAAUCUGCACAGAAUGGGUUACUGCUGCACUAUACGUUUGGUCCCUCCUCGCUCCUUUACUUUUCCCUGAUCGCGAGUUCUAGCUACCUCCUUCGCUUUGUUUCUGAGGUUCCAAGAACUGUCAAUAUUUUUCUUGUUUAUCUGUGGAGUAUAAGUUUAGUCAUGUAAUUAUCUAAUAAUCUUUUAGAAAUAGUCAUGGUUGGGAGUCUGUAAUAAACUUGAGCUCAGCACAAUUUCCAUCGAUAUGUGAUAUAAAUUUCAGGAUUUAACAUGUUUUUGCACA